AUGAACAUAGAAGUCAGAGUAUUUCUCCCCGGAGUCAAUAAUCUCACCGCCGUUCUCCGCCGCCCAAUAGCGCCGCUGAUUCCGACGCUGAAGUCAGAGUGCGUUUUGCCCCGUCGCCAACAGCGGUCCACUAAGGCAUCUGAGGAAGCUGUUCUCCGUGAUCUUUCCUGGCUUGGUCUAACUUGGGACGAAGGCCCUGAAAUUGAGGGGAGCUUUGGUCCGUACCGUCAAUCAGAAAGAAAUGCUCUGUACAUGGAAUAUGCAGAUAAGCUUUUACAAUCCGGCCAAGUUUAUCGUUGCUUUUGUUCUAGUGAUGAAAUUGAUAAGAUGAAGGAGUUUGCCAAGGUUCAUCAUUUGCCUCCGGUGUACACAGGGAAGUGGGCUAAUGCCACGGAUCAAAAAGUGGAAAAAGAGUUGUCCAAGGGGACUCCCUACACGUAUAGGUUCAGGGUACCCAAAGAAGGAUCUUUGCAGAUCAAUGAUCUUAUCAGGGGUCAAGUUGAGUGGAAAUUUGAUACAUUGGGAGAUUUUGUGAUAAUGAGGAGUAAUGGACAACCAGUUUACAAUUCUGUGUCACCGUUGAUGAUGCUACCAUGGCUGUCUCUCAUGCAAGCUCUGAUUUAUAAGGCUCUGGGUUUCCCAAUGCCUAAGUUUGCACAUGUUUCUUUGAUCCUUGCUCCUGAUAAAAGCAAGCUGUCAAAGCGCCACGGUGCGACUUCAGUGGGGCAGUUCAGGGAGAUGGGAUUUUUGCCUCGGGCAAUGGUGAAUUAUCUUGCAUUAUUAGGUUGGGGAGAUUGCACUACAAAUGAGUUUUUCACUCUUGAGGAACUUGUCGAAAAGUUCAGAAUCGAUCGCGUGAACAAGAGUGGAGCUGUAUUUGAUUACAGUAAGCUCAGUUGGAUGAACGGCCGUUAUUUGAGAUUGCUUCCACCUGCUGAGAUGGUUCAACUUAUUGGUGAUCACUGGAAGAGCAGAGGUUUUGUGACAGGACCGACGGGAUCAUUCAUGGUGGAAGGGAUUUUGCAGCUCCAAAAAGAUGGAAUCGAUUUGUUGGAAGAUGGAGACAAGGCUCUGUUAGACUUGAUUUCCUAUCCUUUACAUGUUACUCUAGCCACUCCUGAGUGCAAACCUGUUAUAGAGGAUGAUAGCCUUUCAGAAGUUGCUGCAACAUUCUUGGCAGCCUAUGAUAAUGGAGAACUUUUUGCUGCAUUGGAAGAAGGCCAAACCGGCUGGCAGAAGUGGGUAAAGAGCUUCGGAGAAACACUGAAUCGCAAGGGGAAAGCGGUCUUCAUGCCUCAGGCUGCUGUUGACAGGCAAGCUCCAUGGUCCUGA